AUGGCCCCGACCGCGACUACAUUGCUUGCAUCGGCUACGGCUACUUCGACAGCUUCUGCCACCUGUAUCACUGUCGCUCCAGGAAAGAAUGGAUAUCUUCCACCAGAUUCUUGCGAUGUGCUUCUUUACUAUGUUCCAUCGUUCGCAGCAGCAAUCUUCUUUUGUGUCCUCUAUGGACUGACAACCAUCAUGCAUCUUGUCCAAGCAUUCAUUUACAAAAAGCCAUACGCAUGGGUAGUAACCAUGGGCUCAGCCUGGGAACUAAUAGCCUUUACCUUUCGAGCCUUGGAAUCCCGACAGCAAAACAACGAAAACUACCUAACAAUCUUCACAAUAUUCUUCCUCCUGGCCCCAAUCUGGAUCAACGCCUUCCUAUACAUGACCCUCGGCCGAAUGAUCUACUACUACCACCCACACAAGAAAUUAGCAGGGAUAUCCGCCCAACGCUACGGCCUCAUUUUCGUGACACUGGAUAUAAUAGCCUUUCUAGUCCAACUAGCCGGCGCAUCAAUGACAUCAGGCACGGACACAGAAACAAAAAUCGUCUUGCUGGGUCUGCACAUCUACAUGGGCGGCAUUGGCAUGCAGGAAUUCUUCAUUCUCUGCUUCUUGGGAUUGUUCAUCCAUUUGCAUCGCAUCAUCUAUCGUAUGGAGCAUCAUGGAGAGCUGGCCAUAGAUAAGGUGCAGGGUGCGUUCUCGUGGCGGUGGCUGUUUUAUUCGGUCUAUUUCGUGCUGGGGAUGAUUACGAUUCGAAUCAUCUUCCGCAUUGCACAAUAUGCUCAAGGAACUUCGAGCACAAACCCCGUUCUUACGCAUGAGUGGUAUGAAUAUGUUUUCGACGCUGUGCCUAUGUUCGUCGGCUUGGUGGCCUUGAAUAUUUUCCACCCUGGUCGGGUUCUUCAAGGGCCGGAUUCGACAUUCCCGAAGAAGAGUCGCGCAGAAAAACAAGAGCUAAAGGCUCAGAAGAAGGCGAUGAAACUGGAGAAGAAGAUGGAAAAGACAAGACUGAAGCAAAAAAGUGGUGAGCCGGUCGAGGCAGACAGUAGUCAUUUUUAUGAGUUGCGUGAUGGACCGGUUCAGGUACCGGAUGCAAAUGUUGGUUCAGGGCGGUCCUACAAUGUGUGA